AUGAGACAUUGGUGUAGCAAAUUAGUUAGAGCGCGACAGGGCGGGUGUGGCGGUGCAGCAGAGUAUAAAGAUGGCGGUGCAAUUUUCCUCGACUCCUGGACCGCAGCAGCAGAGGCGGCUGGGAAAGAGCACCGGAAACAUGCAGUUCGUCUUUGGAAAUUAGAGAACCCGCAGGACGGGCAGUUCCAAUCGCCGGGCCGAGGUCUGUUUUUAGACGAAGGGAACGGUGCCAAGAUCUCCUGCGCCUUAUCUAGAAUCGAAGCUGACGAUGGCUGGACCUCGAUGAUUUUGUCGUUGAAAACCCUUCCGGUCAUAGCCAAAGAGUCACGCGCGUCUUCAUGGGAAGAAAACACCACAAACCCAGUGCAUGUCGAUUUCGAACUCGAAGACUGCGAUCCGACGCUGUUGCUACGGCUGCUAGCACUGGUGACCGAUCCAGCACGGCUGCUGUUUUGGGUGUCCGAGACAGGAGACUUGAUAGACCAAAAAGCCAUGGGUCUGCCACCAUAUUGGGUGAACCAUGUUUCCAGGCUGCUCUGUGUGGUGUCGAGUGGCAGUUUCAGGAGCAAUCGCACUUCGUCGCCUGCUCGACGAGGCAUUGCCAAGCUCAACGACUGGCCAUACGACUCGUUCACCGGUUGGAUAUCUGCAACCUCAAUCCCCAAAGAGGUGCAAAUUUGUGUCAAGUUCAAACCAAGGUACUGUUCAGGAUCCAAAGAAAUGUACUGUUGGUUUUUGAUGUACUCCUUCUUCAGGUCGAAAUGUCUCGAACGUUCCAGAUACGCUGGUAGCUGA